AUGGCUGAGGAGCUAAAGAAAGAGCAGGACACCAGCGCUCACCUGGAGAGGAUGAAGAAAAAUCUGGAAACCACCGUCAAGGACCUUCAGCAUCGCCUGGAUGAAGCUGAGAGCCUUGCCAUGAAAGGCGGAAAGAAACAACUCCAGAAACUGGAAGCUCGGGUACGUGAGCUGGAGGCUGAGGUUGAAGCUGAGCAGAGGCGUAGUGUGGAGGCCAUCAAAGGAGUUCGUAAAUAUGAGAGGAGAGUGAAGGAGCUCACCUUCCAGACUGAGGAGGAUAAGAAAAAUGUGACUCGACUGCAGGAUCUGGUGAACAAACUGCAGCUGAAAGUGAAAUCUUACAAGAGACAGGCAGAGGAAGCUGAGGAGCAGGCCAACACUCACCUGUCCAGGUACAGGAGGGUGCAGCAUGACAUGGAAGAGGCCCAGGAGCGGGCGGAUAUUGCUGAGUCCCAGGUCAACAAGCUCCGAGCCAAGAGCAGAGAAAUUAGGGUACGAGAUUCCUCUUCCUGA